AUGUCUCCAUUUACGAUUCUCUUUGUCAUCGCUUUGGCGUGUGAUGUUCUUGGAGAUGUAAGCAGAAGAGGAAGUGCCGUUAGAGACUCAAGUGCCUCCCAAAGCGGUUAUUCUGGGGCUAUAAUUGCCGCCCCUGCCGUAUCUUCUGGGUAUGAGCUUGGUUCUGCAGCGUCUGCUAUCUCAGGAGGAUCAGGUGUUCUAGUCGGUAACGGAUUAGGACUCGUUGGCGGCACAGGCCUGGGAGGCAGCAGUGGCUCACUUAACAAUGCUGCCGCCGUUGGUGCUGCACAACUUAGUGCCAUUCAAAACGCCCAAGCUGUACAAGUAACUCAGAUCGCCAACGCCGCUGCCGCCGCUAUACAGGGUGCGCGCGUUGCCGAAGUUGCCGCUAGAGCCGGACAGGCCAACGCUCUUCAAAAUGCGCAGGCUUUAGAUGCUGCUCGUAUAGCUAAUAUUCAAAGAGCUCGUGCUGCGGCUUAUGAGAACGCCCGUGCUGCUGAAGCCGCUAGACGUGCAGCUGCUGCUGCCGCAGUCGAAGUCGCCCGCGCCGUUGAAGCAGAACGUAUUGCCAAUGCUGCAAGAGUACAAGCUGUCGCUAUAGCGAACGCGCGCGCUGUAGAAGCAGCCCGUAUUUCUAACGCUGCCAGAGCUCAAGCUGCCGCCGUUUCCACAAGCGCAGCGCAAGCUCAAGCUGUUGCCGAUGCGGUUGCAAGAAAUACUCAAGAUGGAGGUUUAUUCCUGGGUGGUAAUGGACUUGGUUCUGGUGGAGCGAUUGUAGCAGCUGCUCCGGUCGCUGUUGCCAGCGGAUACGGCAUUACUGGUUAUGGAGGUUACGGAGGUUACGCAGGUUAUGGAAAAGGCCAU